AUGGGCAACCUGCUCGGCGGGGUCAGCUUCCGCGAGCCCACCACCGUGGAGGACUGCGACUCCACCUGGCAGACCGACUCGGAACCCGAGCCGGAGCCCGAGUCGGAGCCCGGGGAACCGGGGCCGGGCGGCCAGGGCCAGGCGCAGCAGCCCGAGCAGCCUCCCGAGCGAGCCGCCGCCGCCGCCGCCGGGGACGCGGAGGUGCCCGGCACGGAGCAGGGUGGUGAUUCUACAGAAGCAACUGCUAAACCAAAGAGAAGUUUUUAUGCUGCAAGGGAUUUGUACAAAUACCGACACCAGUACCCACAGAACUUCAAAGAUAUCCGAUACCAAAAUGACUUGAGCAAUCUUCGCUUUUAUAAGAAUAAAAUUCCAUUUAAGCCAGAUGGUGUUUAUAUUGAAGAAGUUCUCAAUAAGUGGAAGGGAGAUUAUGAAAAGCUGGAGCACAACCACACGUACAUUCAGUGGCUCUUCCCACUGAGAGAACAAGGCUUGAAUUUUUAUGCUAAAGAAUUAACUACAUAUGAAAUUGAGGAAUUCAAAAAAACAAAAGAAGCAAUUAGAAGAUUCCUCUUGGCUUAUAAAAUGAUGCUAGAAUUUUUUGGAAUAAAACUAAUUGAUAAAACUGGAAAUGUUGCUCGUGCUGUUAACUGGCAAGAAAGGUUUCAACAUCUGAAUGAGUCCCAGCACAACUAUUUAAGAAUCACACGUAUUCUUAAAAGCCUUGGUGAGCUUGGAUAUGAAAGCUUUAAAUCUCCUCUUGUAAAAUUUAUUCUUCAUGAGGCUCUUGUGGAAAACACUAUUCCCAAUAUUAAGCAGAGUGCUCUGGAAUAUUUUGUCUAUACAAUUAGAGAUCGAAGAGAAAGGAGAAAGCUGCUGCGUUUUGCCCAGAAACAUUACAGGCCUUCAGAGAAUUUUAUCUGGGGACCACCUAAGAAAGAACAGUUGGAGGGAAACAAGGCCCAGAAAGUGUCUACCCCUCCUGCCUCCAGUCCUAACAAGCACUCUUCUAUGCACAAGAAAUCCAAGGACUCCAAAAAUUCCUCCUCAGCUAUUCAUUUAAAUAGCAAACCAGUGGAAGAAAAAAAAAUGGCACCAAAAGAACCUGGGGAGGAGACAGAGGGACCCAACCCCGAGCCCAGCAAGGAUGCUGCCCAGCCCAGUAACACCGAGGACAAAAAUGCUGAAAAUCCAAGUCCUCCACCUGAAAAAAUCAUCAUCAGUACUACAGAAAAAAGGGAGAAUUUGUCUCCUAAGAAACAUGAAGAUGGUGAAAAUCCUAACAAAGACAUUGAUGAUCAUGAAAACACCAGUUGCCAUGACGAGGUAGUAUCUCCGUGAAUUCUCAUAAACCAGUUUCGGUUAAGGAAGGAAAGAACUCCUGUGUAAUUUAUCCCGAAGAGCAAGAGAUGAGGUCAUCCUUAAAAUGCUAGCCAUCUGUUUGUGAUAUUUUGCUGGAAGCACUUUGUUGGUGCUUUUUUUUAAAAAAAAAAAUCUGGAUGACAAUGAAUUAUUCAAUUAAUAUUUUAAGAAUAGAUCUAGAAAAGGAAUGUAUUUAGGAUGUGAGGCUUUCAAAUUCUGUAUAUAACAAUUAGUUUUAAAGUGUCUUCAAGGUAUCUAGAAAUAAUCGUGUAGAAUUUGACAUGUCAAAUAUGUUCUCUUGAGAGAUUGCAAUCUAUAUGAAGAAACUCAAAAGGAUACUUUCCUUACAUAGUUAUCUUUUUACAUGAUGUUUGGGUUAGUUUUGAAGCUGAAAGAAUGAGUUAGGUAUUCUCAAACAUACCAUUGAUUACACCACCUCACUGUGCUUAGUUUUGGAUUCUGGGAAGCACAGUUGGUUGUCUUUGGGGAGCUCUGACCUCCCCAGCUCACCUCUCAUCCUGUGAUCUUCUCUUUUCCCUCUCCCUUGAUAGCUGUCACACAGGUUUCUAUUUUACAUUAGUAUGGUCUCCUAUAUGUUAUCUAAAUGGAACAGAGGAGAAUUUUUAAUUGUCUAAUUGAAGGAAUUUUCUAUGCUUAAAAUAAUAAAAAUAUUUUCUGUAUUAAGUGCUUAAAAGCAUUUUUUGUACAAAUGUCCAAAAGAAAGACAGAAGGAAAAGAAAUGACAAACAGAAAGAAAGGAAUGAGUUAUACCUGAGCUUUCUGUGGUGGUUCCUUACAAAUUUAGUGGUUGAUUCUGAAUGCAGGUGGCAUGAAUUAAAAAAUGAGAAAAAAAACUCAUUUUAAGAGACAUCAUCUUGCACUUCCAAUAAGCAGUAUAUAGUCUCUUAAGCCGUUAAUAUGUUGGUGUUAAGAGGAUUAUGAAAUUUCUAAUGUUGUUAGUCCACAAUGUCCACAUAUAUGUGUGUGUGUGUUUG